CCCGGUGCGAAAUUGGUGCUUGCGCAGUACAGUUUCAUGACGUUUAUACUGUGCGACAAAGCGUUUAUGCGACGCAUACAGCGAUGGCGAGCGGUAAAAAGAGUGCUUUGCUCUCCUCUUUGGCAGACUAUGGAGACGACACAGAGCCGGAUUCUGACCCCGAACCAGAAGACACAGGGGUCCGUGCAGGUCUGGUGUACAGCUAUGGUGACGAUGACCUGAACCGCACUGAGGAUGUGGAAGACAAAGUGUCUGGAGAUGAAGACAGCAGAGAAAGCAACUCGGAAAUGGACGAAUCUGACGAGGGGAGGGACGCAGAUGAUGUUGAGAUCCCAGAAGCAGAAAAAAAAGACCCCAAUGAGCUAGUUGCUCUAUUCUCAGAGAAGGUGAGGAACAUGUCACCUGAUGAGAUCAGGAUCCCCCCCGAACCCCCUGGACGAUGCUCCAGCCAACUACAGGAGAAGAUCCACAAGCUGUACGAGAGGAAGCUCCAUGGAGAUUUUGACACAAACAGCCACAUCCAGAAAAAGAAAGAAUUUAGAAACCCAAGUAUUUACGAGAAGCUGAUUCAGUUCUGCGGUAUAGACGAACUGGGAACUAACUACCCGAAGGAUAUGUUUGAUCCUCACGGCUGGUCAGAAGACUCUUACUACGAAGCUCUAGCCAAAGCCCAGAAAGUGGAGAUGGACAAACUGGAAAAAGCCAAGAAGGAGCGGACCAAGAUUGAGUUUGUCACAGGUACGAAGAAGGGCACCAACCCCUCCAGCACAGCAGCCUCCACCACCAGCAACACCACCACUACCACAGCUACAGCGGACGCCCAGAAGAGGAAAAGCAAGUGGGACUCGGCGAUCCCCGUCACCCUGGCCCAGCCCACCCUCAUCACUACCACAGCCACCCUGCCAGCCGUCGUCUCCGUGACAACCACCGCCAGCGGCACCAAGACCACCGUCAUCUCCGCAGUGGGCACCAUCCUAAAGAAAGCAAAACAGUGAACACAAAGAACGAGCGGGAACACGCAGUAUGUUGCCGAUAAGAGUGAGCGAUGACAUGAAGCUGGAAGUGUUGUCCUGUGCUCAUUAUACAUGUGAAAGGUAGAGAGUAAGAGAGCAAUCUACAAACGCCCUCUGAUACACACGGACUAAUUGAAAGACUUAACUGCCUUCUGUCUCUGGGAUUGUAAACAGUAGUUUUUCAUCAAGCUGAAUUCACAGUAAGGUGAAAAUCCAGGAAGUAUGACAAAGCUGGAAUCAACAUCGCUCAUCUCUCACCCACAGCCUGCUUCUACUGAAGCUGAGGAUUAUCAUUACCAUCAUUUGUUUUUAAUAUGUUGGCAACAGUUGUUAGGCAUAAGAGCAUGAAUGAAAAAGGAAUACACGUACGUACAGUUUCUGAGAAAUAGUUUAUUUUUCUAUCCACAGUUAUGGUGCACUAUUUUCGUGCCUCCUGUAACAGUUAUGUGUAAUAGCUCAACAUGUCCAUUUUUUUCAGCUUUUUUUUUUUCAUGGCGUAUUAUUCUCUCUGAGGUAAGAUUUUUUACACUUGUACAUAUAUGUAUUACUGACAAAGGUGAAUAAAUGGAUCAUAUGUUGCCUUUUCA